AUGUAUGAAGUAACAAUGUCAACUAUUACCAACUCUGAUUAUGAUUCUUUAAUAGCUAUAAAAAAAGAAUCUAUUUCAAUUGAAUUAAUAUUGAAUGAAUUACAGAGAAAAUCACAACAAAAAAAAUGUCAUUAUAUAUUUAAACGAUUAUUAAGUAUAGAACGAUGUAUGACAAAAUUUGGUGUAUUUUAUCCAAAACGAUUUUGGCUUGAAUUAUUUAAACUUGAUUUUGAAAUAAAAUAA